AUGUCCACCACCACCGGCAGCUUGGAAACAAAUAUCAGAGAUCUAGAUCGUCCCUGGAUUCACCCUGCGGUCCAAGCCUUAAUUCUUAAGGGCCAUACCUAUCCCGUUGUUGAAUACAUCGACUGUUUAGGGCACAAACCUGACCCAGAGACAGCAAAUCAAAUGCUGGACCACAUCGCUGGGGUCCUUAGACCAGUAAUGUUUUCAAACGGCUAUAGGCUCGCAAGCCUCCGCGAGUUUUGCCCAAUUGAUGCCAAGAUAACAAGUUUGGUCCAUCAUGGAAAUGAUAAGAUGGUGGGUACCACCACCAUCUUUGUCCGUCUCCGGGAUGCGACCAGUGAUGAAGAUUUCUUAGAUAUGGAGGAUAUCAUUGAUUCCAUAAUUAUUGAGCUCGCGAAGCUGAGUUUUCCCAAGCCGAGUCAAGCCCGCGAGCAUCAGAAGCUUACUCGUAAGCUUCAGAGCGAGUUUGCUGUAUAUAACGACCGGCUCGAGAUCCGGCGAUACAAGAGACCCGACAACAAGGGGACAUUAGUCGAUGGCAUUAAGUUAGGUGCUAGGGGCUUGUUCGAAAAGCUCUUCAGAAUUUUCGGGUAG